AUGGAUUGUCGUCGACCUACUAAACUGUCUCAAUCAGCUGCGAUAAUGGGUGCAACUAAUACUGCUCGAGCUCUAGGUUGCUGUGUCGCCGUUGCCAUAAUCUCUGUCAUUCUUCAUGCUGAUAUGAAAUCCCAUCUCACAUCAUUCCUUUCCCCAAGUCAGAUUGUGGCUGUACUUAGCUCCACAUCUGGCACCUCGUUCUUGAAUGGUCAGGACAAGAUCCAGCUACAGCGGAUUUACGGUACAAGUUACAAUGCCCAAUUUCGUGCAUUGUUGGCAUUUGCAGGGCUUAACCUGCGUGAUUUGGAUAUGUUAGUAUGGCAGAUUGGUUAG